AUGUCAAAAGACCUGACGGCUGGUCUGACGACAUGCAAGCUUUGCUCACAAGAAUGGGAUGAGAAUUACUUAGAGCCAAUAAUUAUAAAAUUAAAUGUAAUGAAAAUCUUAAAAUUGAAGAAACGAAAUCAAAAACCCAAAACGUUUUGUGCUUUGUUUGAUUUAUGGUGUUUGAAAGUCGUUAAAUUUAUUGUUGCUCGCGAUAUGACUCAAUGGCUACCCCAAAGAAUUUCUUCAGUCAACAUCAAGUCUUAA